CGCACGCGCACAUCGUACGAGGAGGAGCGGAACGAGCAUGAGGGUGCGGUGUGCAAAGUGCUCGAGCAGGUUGCUGACGAGGUCUGCGCAAAGUCCGUCCAAGCUGUAAUGAAGUUCGGACAUGCGUACGUGAUGCAGAAUACGCCAUUCGUGUUCCUCAUUGUCGGCGGGCACAAGGUCGAGCAUAUGCUCGCGAAUAUCGCCGCACUCAAGAUCGCGCUCUCGGACGCCCACAUCGCCAGGAUCGAGUCCGCCUCGCCGUGGAACCCUGGGUUCCCGAUGGACCUCUUCGUA